AUGUCCCUCACGACAGUCCAGCCCGCAGAUCCGCGGACAACACCAACCCCAGAGCAGCAAAACCCCAAACCCCAGAAAUCCCUCCAACCCGCACAACCCACAGCACAAACCAAAAAAUAUCUCCACCGCAUAUCCCUGCACCCAACGCUAACACCCUACCGCCGGCGCGUGUAUCGCACGCUCCUCUCCGUCCCGCCAGGUCGGUGGACUACGUACUCGGCGAUGGCGACGUACCUAGGCUCCAGCGCGCGGGCGGUCGGCAACGCGAUGCGCACUAACCCCUUUGCGCCGGAGGUGCCGUGUCAUCGGGUCCUUGCGGCGGAUGGGUCGUUGGGUGGGUAUAAGGGGGAGUGGAAGGUUGAUGGGCAUAAGGGUGGUGGUGGGUUUUGUGAGGAGAAGAGGUUGAGGCUUGAGGAGGAGGGAGUUGUUUUUUUGGAUGGAAAGGUUAGGGGGGAUUUGUUUUAA